AUGGCCCAGCCCCGCGAAACCGACCCUUUGCUCCCACACGAUACUGGUAACAGCCAUGACAACAACAAUGCCAUUCAACGACUACGGCGGCACCUCAACAACCCCGUCUCAACUCACCACACCGACCUAAUUCUACUCUACUGCUACAUAAUAACCGGCCUCCUCGACAGCUCCGCAGUCUUCAUCUGGGGCUCCUUCGUGAGCAUGCAAACCGGGAAUACGGUCUACCUAGGCCUGGGCCUUGCAUCGCAAGCCAGCCACCCCAAGAAAUCCGGUGCUGGUAGUGGUAGUGGUAACGAUGACCGCUGGAUAAAAUCCGGCAUAUCAAUCAUCAGCUUCUGUCUCGGCUCAUUAAUAUUCGGCGCCUUUCAUCGCGCCUUCUCACCCAGAAAACGAUGGGUUCUCAUGGCCAGUUCUGCGCUCCAAAUGAUCUGCAUAACCUGUGCAGCGACCAUCGUCACGAUGGAACGACCAUCCAAAGACUCCGCGCUGACAUGGAGGGUCAUUGUCCCUCUGGCCAUGGUCGCGUUUCAGAGUUCAGGGCAAGCGGUGAUUAGUCGUGUGCUCAAAUUAGGUGGAUUGUCGAGUGUGGUUUUAACGAGUGUUUAUUGUGAUUUGUUCUCCCAUCCCGACUUUUUGAGCGGUGUGGCCUUUAGAAAGGAUGUCGAGGAGAGAAGGAGGGCGGGUGCGGUUGUGUGUUUGUUGGCGGGGGCUGUUAUGGGUGGGUUUUGGGCGAGGAGUGAGGUUGGACUGAUGGGGGCUUUGUGGACGGCCGUUGGGUUGAAGGCCGUUAUUGUUUUGGCGUGGUGUUUUUGGAGGAGGGGGGAUAGAGGUGAUGUAGAAGUGCAGGCUUGA